UCAACAAAGACUUGUAUCUUCUCGCGAGAUCUUCAGCGAACGAGCGCAUCAUUUGAUAAGCCAAAAAUGGGUUGUAAAAAACCCAGUGCAAAUUGAUUCCUUUAUAUUAUUGCGACUAACAGUAAUACACGUCCGUUUUUUGUAUUCAGCUUAGUCUGAAUUAUGUCCGGUUACAACUAAAAGAUCCGGAAUGUCGGAAUAUUUGAGGGCGGUCAUUCAGUUAGCAUGCUAACAAGCUAACAUUUGUAGCAGCAUCACUGUCGAGCUAACCAGAAAAUGUAUCUCCUCUAUACAGUUGUUGCCUCUUUAAGUGUAUUUUUACUUUUAAAAUGGAUGAAAAGGAGGAGAUAUUUCACGGAGCUGAAAAGACUUGAUGGUAAAACGGUUCUCAUUACAGGAGGUAACUCUGGUAUUGGCAAGGAGACAGCUGUUGCCCUGGCAACGAGAGGCGCCCGUGUCAUCAUUGCUUGCAGAGACCCUGAAAAGGCUGAGGAGGCCGUGAGAGAGAUCAAACUUCAGAGUCGAUCUUUUAAUGUCUUCCACAUGGAGCUGGAUCUGGCCAGUCUGCGCUCCGUAAGAGACUUUUGUAAGAAGUUUCUGCAGAAGGAGAAGAGUCUGCACAUCCUGGUAAAUAACGCAGGCAUGCCCGGCAUCCUUGACUGGACAGACGACGGCUUCAGCAUGUGCUUUGGAGUCAACCACCUGGGCCACUUCCUCUUAACCAACCUGCUUCUACCGCGGCUGAAGGAGUGCGCCCCCAGCCGGGUCAUAACUCUCACUUGCUCCAGCUACAAAUACCAGAACCUGGACUUCCAGGACCUCAACUACAACCUGCUGCCCUUCUUCACCUACUGCCGCAGCAAGCUGGCCAACAUUUACUUCAGUCAGGAACUGGCCCGCAUCACCGAGGGAAAAGGAGUCACUUCCUGUGCCGUGCACCCUGGUUUUGUCCAGAGUGGCUGGACGUGCCACUUCUCCUUCCUGUUCCGGAUGUUCAUGCAGGUGAUCAUGUGGAUGUUUUCCGUGCCGUGUGAGAUCGGAGCUCAGACCGUCAUCUAUUGCGCCGUGUCGGACGAAGCUGCCAAGCACAGCGGGGGUUACUUCGUCGACUGCCAGCCUGCCACUCUGCGUCCGUUUGCAAGAGACGCAGGUGUGGCAAAAAAACUGUGGGAGGCCAGUGAGAGGCUGGUGAAACUGGCAUAAUCAGAGAGCCACAAGACAUUUACACUGAAGUUAUUUAUUAUCAUUGUCAUUAUGCUUAUAUUGUAAACAUUGUGAAAAAUGUGGAUUUUCCUGUUCAGUUGUUUACAUUUUCACCAAAAAUCUGUAACAUUAUGUUUUUUA